ACUCCCGGCGGGCCUUGCAGCGGCCGUGCUACCGCUCUGGACGGACUAGCUGUGGCGCCGUGAUGCUUUUGGCAGCGGCCGCCGAGCGGAACAAGGAACCAAUUCUGCGCGUUCUGCGGCAGUAUGUGGACCCGGCUCAGCGCGGCAUUCGCGUGCUGGAAGUGGCCUCGGGCUCCGGCCAGCAUGCGGCCCACUUCGCGCGGGCCUUCCCCCUUGCGGAGUGGCAGCCGUCUGACGUGGACCAGCGCUGCUUGGACAGGGGGCGUCAGAAACGGGUGCACAGGCCACCUCCACUCACGGGCUGCCCCUCCGACAGCAUCUCGGCCACCACUCAAGGCCAGGGAUUGUCCAACGUGAAGGCUCCGCUGUACCUGGACGUGACCUGGGAUUGGGAGAAAUGGGGCGGGAUCCAGCCGCAGUCGCUGGACCUGCUGCUCUGCAUCAACAUGAUCCACAUCAGCCCCCUGAACUGCACCGAGGGGCUCUUCAGAGCAGCAGGACACCUGCUCAAGCCCAAGGCGCUGCUCAUCACCUAUGGGCCCUACGCUGUCAAUGGGAAGAUCUCUCCCCAGAGCAAUGUGGACUUUGACCUGUCGCUCAGAUGCAGGAACCCAGAGUGGGGGCUGCGGGACACGGCCUUCUUGGAGGACCUGGGCCAGGCCAGCGGUCUUCUCUUGGAGAAGAUGGUGGAUAUGCCAGCCAACAACAAAUGCCUGAUUUUCCGGAAAGAGUAACCCUUCUUCCUGCAUGCCUAUGUCCCCAGUGAGGCCCCUUCUGGGACAAACCCAGAUAGCCAGCCCCUGCCUCCCUGGACCAGGCCAUGCAGACUGGCCUUGCCCAUUCUCGGGGCUCUUGGUCAGUGGCCACAGGGGUGCUGAGAGCCUGGGAAUAAAGUGUUUCCUGCUAUCCUA